AUGUUCUCUUAUGGUAAAAUAGUAGGAUUAGUUGGUAUGGAUGAUGUCUUAUUAAAUAGUGGUAUUGAUUCAAAUAAUCGUUAAAAUUACAAUUUAUAUAAAAAAAUAAAAAUUCACCAAAUAACAUUCAUAAUUUAUUCGGUUAUACAAUAUCAGAUCACCAGAAUGUUAUCUAAUUAGAUCAAUGAAUUAUUUAGUUUUACCAUUAAUAAAUGUGCCUUUGAGACCCCAAAAUCCAAAACAUCAACCUAUAUUAUUAGAGGGUUUGAAGAGAUUAUCCUAAUUUGAUCAAUUAGCGCUUUGUAAAACUGAGAUUACAAGUGAGUUUACAGCAGCAGGUUGUGGAGAAUUACAUUUAGAUAUUUGCUUGAAUGGCUUAGAGAAGGAUUUUGCUAAAAUUUAAAUAAUUCGAUAUGUUUCGAUGUUAUUUAAUAAAGAAACAGUUUUAGCAACAUCAAAAGUUGAAUUUAUGGCUAAAUCUCCGAAUAAACAUUUUAGAAUAUAUGCUUACGCUGAGCUACUUUAUCAAGGUCUGUAAACCGCUAUUGAGAAAGAUUAAGUAACACAUAUGGAUGAUACUGAAGUAAGAGCUUAAAUAUAAUUUGAAUAAUUUAAAUGGGAUAAGGAAGAAGCUCUAAAAUAUGAACUGUUGGUCCUGAAAAUUCAGGUCCAAAUAUUUUGGUGGAUAAAACAUAUUUUGAUAAAAGAAUAAAUUAAAUGA